UCCCUUUAACAACAAUCUUAUGCCCUCCUCUUUCUCCCGUUUGAUCAUAAUAACAAUGUUACUUUACAAUUGUAAAUAACAACCGUUCGAGAAUAAUAAGCUGAAUUUCUGGUCACUCAAACCUCACUAUCUUCGAAUAAUAAACACCUAGAUUAGAAAUAUAUACAAGCCUGAAAUAGAACUGGAAGAAAAGAAAAAAGGGAAAAAGGAAAGAAGAGAUAAAUAACAUUGACAUGGAGCUGGAAGGAGAGUUGAAAAACUUCAUAAAAGUAUGGAUUUUAGCUACUGCAUGUUCAUGUUAUUGUUACUAUAUAGCAUCAAAAUUACCUAAAGGUAUUCUAAGACUCCUCUCUCUUCUCCCUGUCUUUUACCUUUUCAUAAUCCUUCCUUUAAUUCUCACCUCCUUCCGUUUAUGUCUCCUCACUUCUUUCCUCCUCGUUUGGCUUGCUAACUUCAAGCUGCUUCUUUUCUCCUUUGAUCAAGGUCCUUUAUUAUCACCACCUCCACGUAAUGUCUUCCAUUUCAUAUUUCUAACUUGUCUUCCCAUAAAACUCAAAAACAACCAAAACCCAUCUCCAGAUUCACACCCAGUUACUAGAAGAUUAUUUGUUUUAGUAAUCAAAGCAUCUCUUCUGGCUAUUCUAUUCCAUUGCUAUAGCUAUAGACAUUUCAUGCACCCUUACGUUAUGUUUGUAUUAUAUUGCUUGCAUUUGUACCUAGAAAUAGAACUUGAGCUAACCAUUUCUGCAGCCCCAGCUCGAGCCCUUCUUGGGUUCGAGAUCGAGCCACAGUUCAAUGAGCCUUGCUUGGCUACAUCCUUGCAAGACUUUUGGGGCCGUAGAUGGAAUCUCAUGGUUACAAAUAUUCUACGCCCUACCGUAUACUAUCCUGUACGCCAUUUAUCUAUUCGUUUAUUUGGAUCCACGUGGUGGUCUUCGGGGCCAGCUUACGUAGCUACAUUUGCUGUUUCCGGAUUAAUGCACGAGAUUUUGUAUUUUUAUAUCACGCGCGUUUCUCCAACGUGGGAGGUGACGUGUUUUUUUGUCUUACAUGGAAUUUGCGUAGCUAUCGAGGUGGCCGUUAAGAAAUUGCUGAAGGACAGGUGGCGUUUUCACCGGGCGAUUUCAGGGCCACUGACUCUCGUUUUUGGAGCCGUCACCGCCUUUUGGCUAUUUUUUCCCCAGCCAAUGAGAAAUAAAGUGGAUGAGAAGGCUGUGGAAGAAUAUUUAAUUUUGGUAAAUUUUGUAAAGCAGAAAUUAAGUUCUCUUAUUUAUUUUUUUUUUUCUGAAAUGAUCGAGGAAAAAUAUGUAUUAAUUCCUAUUGUUGAAGAGCCCUGACCGGAAGUAGUAUCACUGUAAUACAUAUUUCCAUAAUUCAACGACAGCAGGAAUAGAUAAUUUAUAAUGUUGAAUUAAAUGGUGUUUAGUAUUUAGA